AUGGCUGGUGUGAAGGCCCAACGAGCUGUCUGGACCCCAACAGAUGACGAAAUCCUCAUCCAAGGACUUGUGCAAGCCAAAACUCAAGGUCAUGGCAAAAAACCGGUGGUUGGCCCCCAAAAAUCUGGUCACCCAUUCUGGAGAAGCUGGCCAAGGCAGAUGGUAGAAAGGGACCAGCAAAAUCAGUCAAAAUGGCAGAUGAUCAUUGGCAUCAUCAAGAGGUCCAAUUUGUGCGCAGCUUUUCAGGGUUUGGGUGGGAUGAUGCAAAAAAGCUGCCAACUGCUUCGGAUGAAGUUUGGGAUAAGUUGGAGGAAAGUACAACGGGAGUAUGACAGCAAGGGAGAGAAAAAGAAGAACAAAUACCUUCGUUGGCGCACAACCCCAUUCCCUCUUUAUGACGACAUCUUGUACAUUGUCACCAGAAAGCGAGCCACCAGAGAAGGUCACUUUGUUGGUGGUGGUGACAAUACUCAAUCUAGCUUUGUUGGUGGUGGUGACAAUACUCAAUCUACGAUUCCAGAUGGUUCUCGUGCUGCAUCUGUACCUCUGACUCAGAGUUGGAGUCCUUCACCCCCUUGUACUAUUGCUCAUGAGGAUGAGGACCCUUUCAAUACAUCUCAGGAAAUCUCACACCUUCUUCGCCUGUCCAAUGAAUCGCCUACUCCGAAGCGUGGUGGGAAGCGCCGUGCGGAUGCUACAUUUGAACUUGCCAAAGCUAUGAACAACAUUGCCAGCGCCAUGACCUCUGACAGUCCAUUGGCAAAGAGACAGGCUAUGCGCAUGUUGAACGAGGAUGGUUUCGAAGAUGACGUACUUCCCUUGGUCCAGCGUCUUAUUACUCGUGACUCGGAUGUGGCAAGAAUUUACUGUGCAACCAGCCCCACUGCUGCUCGUGUCAGGUAUGCUAAGAACAUGCUACUCUAG